ACACAGCUGUUCAUAUGGCAUAGAGCAACAUUUUUGUCAAAGAUGUGCAUUUCUUGUCUAUUGUAUGGGGUAUUUAAGCAGGCUAAAGACAGUUUGCUGUUGCUACAUCAAUAUUAGUAUGUACGAUUAUACGAAUGAGCCUGUACUUUUUUGUUCUUCACUGUGACAAUUCUCUGUGCAUUUGGUUCUAUUUGAAUCAUUUCAUAUGAACAAAUACUUGCGAAGACAUUAGAACAUUGGGUCACAGGAUGUGGGACCAACGAUCAAUACUUCAAAGGUUGAGCUGAGUAAAUGGUCCUUUCUACAGCCCCGGCGCACUGCAGGACACUGACCCUGUCCCCUAAUGAGGGACUCGCCAGCUCAAAUCACAGCCGAUAUUUUUACGUUCCACACAGUCAUUUACUUACAAGGAAAUUUACCUCAGGAUGAGGCUUCCCCAGUUUGUGUGGACGCUGGGGCUGCUAUUGCCCUUGCUGUCAACCUCCCAGGCGUUCAAAGACAUCUGCAAUGCCAAGCCCAAAGACGUGCCCCUGGAGCCCAGGUGCGUCUACCGCAGCCCCGAGGACGAAGCUCCGACAGGGGACGCUAUCCCGGAGAAAGUCCCAGAGAACACCAAUCCCCGGGUGUGGGAGCUGUCCAAGGCCAACAGUCGCUUCGCCCUGUCCCUGUUCAAGAAGCUAGCCCAGGGAAAAUCCAGCGAGUCAAACAUCUUCAUGUCUCCUAUCAGCAUCUCCUCAGCCUUUGCUAUGACCAAGCUGGGCGCCUGCAACAACACGCUAAAACAGAUUAUGAAUGUGUUUGAGUUUGACACAAUCAAAGAGAAGACGUCGGACCAAGUGCAUUUCUUCUUCGCCAAGCUAAACUGUCGCCUGUACCGCAAGAAAGACAAGACGACAGAACUGAUCUCAGCCAACCGUCUUUUUGGAGAGAAGUCUCUGGCAUUCAAUGAGAUUUACCAGAAUAUCAGUGAGCUGGUGUAUGGAGCCAAACUCAUGCCACUCAACUUCAAGGAGAAGCCAGAACUGUCACGGGUGACCAUCAACGAUUGGAUUGCAAACAAGACUGAGAACAGGAUUCAGAACACCCUGCCAAAGGACUCGCUGAACUCUAACACUGUGCUGGUCUUGGUCAACACAAUCUAUUUCAAGGGUCAGUGGAAAAGCAAAUUUGACAAAAAGAAUGUCUUCAAGGCUGACUUCUAUGUGAGUAAAUCCAAGACUUGCCCAGUGUCCAUGAUGUACCAGGAAACCAAGUUCCACUACGGCAGGUUCACAGAAGACAAGGUGCAGGUGCUGGAACUGCCGUACCGUGGAGAUGACAUCACCAUGGUGCUGAUCCUACCUCUCAAAGACACACCCCUGUCUGAGGUGGAGGAGAACCUGGACUUGAAGAAGCUGACUGGCUGGCUGCAUAACAUGAGGGAAACCUCAGUGUCGGUGCAUCUGCCACGCUUCCGCAUUGAAGACAGCUUCAGUCUGAAGGAGAAACUGCAGGCCAUGGGGCUCGAGGACCUCUUCAGCCCCAAGGACGCCAGCCUACCAGGCAUCCUUGAAGAUGAGGCGAAUGAUCUGUACAUUUCCGAUGCAUUCCAUAAAGCAUUCCUAGAGGUGAAUGAGGAAGGCAGUGAGGCGGCUGCUGCCACGGCUGUAAUGGCCGUCGGCCGUUCCAUAAACUCAAACCGGGAGUUGUUUGUGGCCAACAAGCCCUUCCUCCUGCUCAUCCGAGAGUCCACCAUCAACACCAUGGUGUUCACUGGCCGAGUGGCUGACCCCUGUGACCCCUGAUCACACACUUCAGAUGUGUCAUUCCCCAAUGUAAACUGUCAUGCCAUGCAACUACCUACUUCUGAUCUCUGUAUUGAGCGAAAAUAAACCAAAUGGGAUGAACAGUGGA